AUGGCCUCGUGGGAACAAGUAAGGUUCACGUUAACGCCCAGAAGCAAGGGCACCUAUCUCAUCACCGACGAAGUUCUCGGCAAGCUUCCGCAAAUCAAAUCCUACGAAGUAGGCAUCUUGCAUCUUUUCCUCCAACACACAUCUGCAGCCAUAUCACUAAAUGAAAACUGUGAUCCUGACGUUAGAGUCGACAUGAACCAUGCCUUGGACAGAGUGGCUCCGGAAGGUAACUACUAUAUCCACGCUGACGAAGGCCCAGACGACAUGCCUGGCCAUGUGAAAAGUACAGUUGUAGGAGUCAGCUUGAGUAUUCCUAUCUCCAAUGGCAGGUUGGCCACAGGAACAUGGCAAGGCAUCUAUUUGCUUGAGUUCAGAGCAUACAGACACGCCAGAAGAAUAGUUGCUACGAUCAAUGGCCAGAAAAAGACCUCGACUCCAUCAUGA